GGACCCGCGCGGCGCAGAGAAAAGAAUUUCCGGGGAGCUGAGCCGAGCGGGCUGCCUAGCUCUCCUUUUGGGAGAGGAGGGGCCCGGCAGCCUGCGACCCGGGCUGUGCCCAGCAAGGCCCUUCUCCGCUCACAGCCUCAGUUUACCCCCCAGUACAGCAGGGAGUAGUAAUAGGUGCUUCCCUGCGGGGAAGAGGGACAGGGCUCCACGGGGAGAAGCUUCCUCCAAGGGGGGAAGCUCAGGUUGGGGAACAGAGAUCAAUUCCAGAGGACCCAAGGUAGGCAGACCCAUGAGGUCUGGCCGGCCAAGGUGGACCAGCCUCCAGCAGGGUCUCCCCCUCCCCAGGCCUCCCAUUGGCAGCCUUAGGGUGGGUACAGCUUCCCCUCCCUAUGCCAGCAGCCCCUCCCUACGGCAGCUGCUCGAAACACAAAUCUGCAAGGCUGCAGGGCACGGAGUGGCUAUGGGUGGGCCUUUGGGCAGAUGACCUCGCCCUCUAAGCCCAGGAGCGCCCAUCAAAGGGGCAUGAGGAUACCUGGCCCAUAGCUGGUCAUGAGGACCAAACCAGAUGAUGGGUGUAGGCGGGCUGGCAGGAUAAGUGGUGGUGACAGUGAUGCUGAUGACCGGGCUGUCCUGCCUCCCAGGCACAUGUAGGGGAAAGGCCAGAUGCCUUAGCAUGUUACAUACCCCUGCUCAGCCAGAGCCCCCCUCCUCCAGCAGGUACCCCCUGCCAGAAAUGAUCCCUCUUCCCCUGCUCCUCCUUCUGGGACCGAUUGCUGGGAAGCCCCUGUCCUACACCAGGCAGGGCACAAAGGAAGUGCCCCAAAAAUGUGUGUGGGUAAAUAAAUGUAUGUCUGCAAAAGCAGCCUGGCUCCAGAACUCUCACAAGAAGAAGGAAAGGAGAGGGCUUCUUUUCCAGUGAGCUGUGGUGAGGCUGACGUGGAGUCCACAGGCAAAAGGGGGCUGUGCCCCAGGGGUGACCUUCAGAAUCUCACCAGGACAGUCCCACAAUGCUCCUGCCGCUGAGGGUGGGUGUGCAGACUGGUGAGCUGCCAGCAGGGGCCCAGACGUGCCAGGCCUGGAGAUGGCGGGAAACUGCUCCUGGGAGUCCCAUCCCGGCAACAGGAACAAGAUGUGCCCCGGCAUGAGCGAGGCCCCGGAACUCUACAGCCGGGGCUUCCUGACCAUCGAGCAGAUCACGAUGCUGCCGCCUCCGGCCGUCAUGAACUACAUCUUCCUGCUCCUCUGCCUGUGUGGCCUGGUGGGCAACGGGCUGGUCCUCUGGUUUUUCGGCUUCUCCAUCAAGAGGAACCCCUUCUCCAUCUACUUCCUGCACCUGGCCAGCGCCGAUGUGGGCUACCUCUUCAGCAAGGCGGUGUUCUCCAUCCUGAACACGGGGGGCUUCCUGGGCACGUUUGCCGACUACAUCCGCAGCGUGUGCCGGGUCCUGGGGCUCUGCAUGUUCCUCACCGGCGUGAGCCUCCUGCCGGCCGUCAGCACCGAGCGCUGCGCCUCGGUCAUCUUCCCCGCCUGGUACUGGCGCCGGCGGCCCAAGCGCCUGUCGGCCGUGGUGUGCGCCCUGCUGUGGGUCCUGUCCCUCCUGGUCACCUGCCUGCACAACUACUUCUGCGUGUUCCUGGGCCGCGGCGCCCCCGGCGCGGCCUGCAGGCACAUGGACAUCUUCCUGGGCAUCCUCCUGUUCCUGCUCUGCUGCCCGCUUAUGGUGCUGCCCUGCCUGGCCCUCAUCCUGCACGUGGAGUGCCGGGCCCGACGCCGCCAGCGCUCUGCCAAGCUCAACCACGUCAUCCUGGCCAUGGUGUCCGUCUUCCUGGUGUCCUCCAUCUACUUAGGGAUCGACUGGUUCCUCUUCUGGGUCUUCCAGAUCCCGGCCCCCUUCCCCGAGUACGUCACUGACCUGUGCAUCUGCAUCAACAGCAGCGCCAAGCCCGUCGUCUACUUCCUGGCCGGGAGGGACAAGUCGCAGCGGCUGUGGGAGCCGCUCAGGGUGGUCUUCCAGCGGGCCCUGCGGGACGGCGCUGAGCUGGGGGAGGCCGGGGGCAGCACGCCCAACACAGUCACCAUGGAGAUGCAGUGUCCCCCGGGGAACGCCUCCUGAGACCCCAGCGCCUGGAGGAGACGGGCAGGAAGCAGCCUCCAAGACCCUUCUCCCUGGGACAGGAAUGGGCACCUGCCUCUGAGUCCAUACAGGAGAAGAAAAGAUCUGUUUCCUCUCCUCGGGCCUCCUCCCUGGGCUGGGGGCUCCAGGGGUGGCUGGGAGACUGGGCAGCCACCUGCAAACAGACCCUGUGGCACCUGCCCAGCUCCCGCACCCAUUCUGCUCCCCUAGAGACCCCUUGUACAGAAGUUGCCCCCAGGUGGUGGGGCCCCUCCUUGCCCCAGGCUGGUCGGUAAAGGAGAGGGGGUCGUCACCCAGCCACCUCUGCCUCUUGGGUCAGCCCUCCUUAACCGUGUCCCAGCCAGCACCAGUCCAGCAGCCUCAUCCCUGCCAUUCAGGACUGUUCUGGAAAUUUGAUCCUCUCAAGGCAUUAUCGGUGAGCAAAUUUGAAGGAAAUGGUGUCUGGAAGAAGGUUCUGGUUCGCAUGCCUUGUAGCUAAGUCUUCCUGCAAACAACUUCCCUUCCCCCCGUCAAGUCAUCUGGUGACUUUGAUGGGGGGAUUUCUGGUUAUGUCAAGGCUCUGGAGACAGGAAGGACCUUUGGCCGCCUUGGGUAGUUGACCUGCCUUUUCUGACUCCGGGACCAGCCAGUCCUAGGCUGCCUCCGGGAGCACUCGAGGUAUCCCACAGGCCAUGAGGACCUGCUGGGCAGCUCCUGGACAGCCUCUUGGCUCCAGCCCCCACCUGAAAGUGGACACUGGCUCCACCCUGGCCACCUGGGGACUGGCACUGUGGUGCACAGUGGCCCAAUGUAGCCAACGGAAGUUUUAUAAAAGACAAAAUGUAUAUCAAUAAACAUUUUAUAACUUGCAGCCAGGAAGGCUUCAUGCCCACGGUCCUACCCUGGGUCUCUGUUUCCCACAGUGAGGACGCCCAAGGGCACAGAGUCCCGGGACGGGUGGCACCCCCCCACCAGCUCUCCCACACACUUUGCUCUUUGCCUCUGCUCUCAGGCCUCCUCCUGGGGCUGAGUCUGCACACACCCGUGUUCCCGCUUCUGUGGCUUGUCCACUCCCUGCCAGAGGGAGCCGUGGCCAGCCAGGCUGUCCUGUGCCAGCGUAUCCCAGUGCCCCUUCUCAGCUCAGAGGCCCCCACGGCCUCUGGGAGCCACAGUUCUCACCUCCUCCAUGCCAGGCCCUGGGCUGGCCACCGUAGUCCUGCCUGUGUCCGCCGGAGGCUCUGUGAAGUGGGUUGCUGCCCCUCCUGUUGCCCCCGUUCAGGAUGCCCCUCUCUGCCUUGAGCUCCCUGAGCCAGCCUCCCCGUGCGCAGACACCUCUCUAUAGCCCAGCAAUAGGCUGGGAGCCCUCCCAGAUGACAGCCCAGCCAGGGCCAUGCUAGAAGGGUUCCUGCCUGGCCCUUUUGCCUCUGGUCAGCCCCCAGAAGGGCCCCAUCCUGGGUUCCUGGUGUGCAGCCUAGGACCCUGGCUCCUUUGAGACAAGCCUUAAGGUAAGCCUGCUCACCCUGAUCUCACCCAUGGAGAGAGAUCAGGGCAGAGGUGUUGGUGCCCCCAGUCAGGAAACGUGGCGGACAGAGCUGGGCCCCUCGUCUGCAGAGCAGUGCCAGGAGCAGGCAGAUGGGCAGCACGCCGAGCUCCAGGUGGGAAUGAGUAGAGGCGUGGGCAGUACCGCCAGGCUCACCCACCCAGCCGCCUGGAACCUGGCCUUCUAACUGCAGGCUCUGGAGCCUGCUCGGCCUGCCCCUGGUGAAGUGGUCCAACCCUCGGUGGGUUGACCCCCCAGUUCUGUGUCCCUGAUGAUCCACUGCCCAGCCAACCUGACCUCCACUGCCCUCCCGCCCACUCAGCCCACUGCUCCUCCAUGCUCCUCUUUCUAAUAAUCCUGGUCGGGUCCUCUCCGCAAGGCCACCAUUCUAUGAAAAGAGGGGAUCUCAUGUGGCCCAGAUGUCGUGGUUCCAGGACCUCUAGGUGAUGAAGGUUGCAUAUCCCCACCCGCUCCCUCCCAGUGCCCAGAACAAGCCCUGCCAUCCUCCAAGUCCCGCCCUCCCCAGCGCUGGUCAGAGGAUCCCAGAAGAGCAGAGCUGGAGACCACAACGUCCAACAGGUCAUUUCCAGCUACUCAGAGAAGCCAGGUGGGGCCUUGAGCAGACACACCAGGAGGCAGGGCUGGGACCUCGUCCAGUGGCGAAAGCUCCCACCAGCAUGGUCAUCCUAGCUACCCAAGUGGGCAGAAGCACGUCCCUGUCCUGAAGGCAGCCGGGGGGAUCCAUCUGGUGUCCCGUCUCCUCCUCAGGGCCCAGAGCAUCCCAGUUCCUGGGAAUUCACCUCUUCCUUAGGAGUCCCCACCCCAGGACUCCAGCCCUGAGCCCUCGUGGGGAGCUGCUGACCUAGAAGGAAGGGGCCUCCCUGCCUGGGUACAGCUGCAACAGCUCAGAGCCCAGGGCCUGUGAGGGGGUGGACAGCCUCACCCAGUAGCAGGGCCUGGAGGUCAAGAACAGGCUGGGUCCGACUCUAGGAGGAGGCAUCUGCCCUGAUGGAUCCUAAGGCGGGAGGGGCAGAGGUGAACCCCAGGAACUGGGCCUCCCCCAACCUGUGGCCCUUCUCAGGUGCAGGUCUUUGCAGUCUUGCUAGGGGACAAGCUUUCUUUCCCUCCAUCCCCCCGCAAAGCCCCAGGAGGAUUCCCACACCUCCCUGGACCACCUCGUUCUCUGUGCUAAUGGAGGGAGACUGCACCGAUGAUUAGAUGAGCGGGAACUGCCCGCUGUCCACCACUUUCCUCCUCCUUCCUUUGGUAUUUAAUUAUUAAAGUGGGCUUGGGAGGAGCCGGGGGCUGCGGAGAUUUCCACCCCACAGCUCUGGGAAAAGGAUCCACAGCAGGUCACAGAAUGGAGAGUGGGGCGUGGGACCAGAGCGUCUAGGCUGCCCUGGAUGUUACAAAGCCGACUUAGUAACAACCAUGUGGUAUGUGGGAAGGGUGGGGUGAAGGGGCAGGGGUGGGCGCAUCAGGCAGUGCAGAACUCUCCACUUUUCCAUGCUUCCUGCUACCAUUUCUAUAAAAAUAAACUGCUCUUUUAGAUUAUACAAGGGAUAAGCAAGGCCAAAUUUGGAAAAUCAAGAGCAAGCCUCAGGGAGGCAGAGGGCUGCCACCUAUAAGGCCAUGGGACCUCAGUCUUGCUGUGCCUCAGUUUCCUUGGAUAAGUCAGCUACAGCACUGACCUCCAGGAGUUGGUGCAGUGGCCUGGGGUGGCAGCCAGUGUGCCUGAUUGCCCUGGUCAGGCGUUCAGGGCAGGGAGCAGAGUGGCCACUGCAGAAGGGAUGUGCCUGUGGUGGUUUGUCCCCAGCACCGAUCCGCUGUUCGCGGACAUACUAUGGGCAGUGGGUGCUGGCCAAGAGCUGCAUGUGGGUUUUCUGUUGACUGUCCAUGCAGGGCUACACGGCCCAUACUGUCAGCCCCAGCUGUGGAAGUGGGGGCUCAUGAAUGGAGUUUCUCAUCCAAGGUCAGUCACGCUGGUGGACGGCCCUGGCUUGAGGCCCACAUCACCAUCCAGGGACUCCCCACAAUGGCCUUCCUGUUGCCCUGGGGGCUCUGGUCUCUGACCUUCCAUCUCCCAUCUGCAAAGCACUGGAAGCUGGGGUUCCGGGGAGACACAUGGAGUGGCCUGGACAUGCCCAUCACAGCCCUAGGAUAACCCAGAUGGGCCAUUGAGACCUGUCCACACUCUGUGGAGACCAAUGGAAGAAACAGCUCAGUUUCAGGCUGUGGGCGCCUGAAUCAAAGUGGGGACUGGGAACGAGGUGCUCAGCGGACACUCAGCAAACGGCCUGAACACCGACGCCUCUCCCGUCUCUGUCUCCCGUCUUCACAAAAGGAAAAUGGAACGCCUCUCCGGCAUCCACCGAGCUUUCCCGGAUCCCCUGCCAGUUGUCGUUUUCAGAUAACUUGAAUUUUAUAUUUUAUGCCAGGAUUUUUAAGCCCCCAGGAUCUUGUCACAUCUGCACAGCUUGGCUCAGAAUCCUCAGCCAGGACCAUCCUUCCUCCCCAAGAACCAGGGCCUCAUCUAGAAGGUAGGGCAGGGAAAUGAGGGUCCACAUAUGGUCCGGCCCCUCGGUAUACAGGGAGAUGACCAGGCCUGGGAAAUGUGCCCUUCGACGGGCUGGUGACAAGGCCAAAAAGCUGGGCAAACACAUUGCAGAGAUCGUCCCAAACCAAAACCACUGAGAGUACAAGUGCAAAAACAUUCCCUUUUAAGCCAGUAGGGGCUUGACAGCUGGAGAACUUGAAAACAACAGGGCACAGUUCACAAAAUCAAAACUCAUGGAAAACUCUGCGCGGGUGAGUCAGAGUGCCAGCGCCAAGUCUCCUGGCAUGCAAGAGGAGGCUCCCCCGCUCAGGCAGAUUUUUUUAAACAUCUUUUUAAUUAAUUGAAUUGAGACCUAAUUUACAUAAAAUAAAACUGACCCAUUUAAUAUACAGUUUAAUUAUCUUGGACAAAUGUUUAUGUGCCCAUGUCAUCAGAAUGUUUCCAUCCCUGCAGAAAAAACGCUUCCAUCAUCCCCCCAAAGUUCCCUGGCACCACUGGGCAGUCGGUCCAGCCUCGGGCACACCCCUGCCCCCACCUGGGUGGACCACCCAUCUCUGCUUUUAUGCCACUGUAGAUUAGUGUCCCAGGUAGACUUUUACACCAUAUCAGACAGGGUGCUGGGUGGCAAGUAACAGAAACCCCGGGUUAAUCUAGCUUUGGCAUGUGGGGUAGGUGGGAGGUAUGUGUGUAUUUAAGGGAGUUUACUGACUCACAUACU